GGGGUCCAACUAUCCUCCUCCCAAGGCAGCAGAACUGCAGGACUUCACCUCUCCCAGUGAGGCCCAGACUAGGGCUGAGGAGGCACUGGACAUGCUAGGAGGUGCCCACCCCGUUUUCAGGCCUCUGUCAGCCAUGAGAGCUGUUCUUUUUUUGGUUAAGUCAAAUGGAUGUGGGGUACAGGGAAGGGUCAGGCUUCUUCAGAUCCCAAGUUAAAGCCUGCUCCCCAAUGUCCCCCACACUUUUUGAGCAGAUGCCGUCUCUGCCCCUCCCAAUAGCUCACCCCAAUGUUUCACCAGGUUUGCACAAAGCAAACAAAGUGCUUUGCAGGCAGCAGGGAGCAGAGCAGAGGUCAUCCUUGUAGAAUCACAGCAGUCCCCUGACUCCAAACCCACCGUGGGCCAGGCACUAUAGAUAGCACUGCAACCCUGUGUUGUUAUCCUCAUUUUGGGAAAGAAGAAAUAGGACUUGGAGAGAUUAAGGGAGAUCCACUCAACCUCUCCAUUUAGCUUGAAAGUGGCUAGACUACAAUUUGAAUCCCAGCAAUCUGGCUCCAGAGUGCUUAGACUCAGGCUCUGUGUUGUGUGUCUCCUCUGGCCCUGGAGGAGAAAAGUCAGGAUGGGAGAGAAAGCAGGACCCUCCUCUGACCACUCAGGAGGCCUGGGACUUGAGCCUGUGCCCAGAGUCCACUUGCCCAUCUGUGACUGUACCUCUGUACAAAGGGACUUAUCCUUUAUUCUCUUCUCUGUACCAUCCUCUCCCCACCUCACCCCUAUCCCCAGGAAGAGAACCAUCUACAAGAGUGUGUGCCUGUCCCUGGCCCUGCUUGUGGCCGUAACAGUAUUCCAGCGCAGUCUGACCCCCAGCCAGUUUCUGCAGGAGCCUCCACCACCCACCUUAGGGCUACAGAAGGCCCAAAAACCAAGCGGACACCGGCUGAACCCUGACAACUUCUGGAAGAACCCAAAGGAUGUGGUCACCCCCGCACCCACGUUUUCACAGGGGCCCCAGGCCUGGGACGUGACCACCAUUAACUGCUCAGCCAAUAUAAACUUGACACACCAGCCCUGGUUCCAGGGCCUGGAGCCACACUUCCAGCAGUUUCUGUUCUAUCGCCACUGCCGAUACUUCCCCAUACUGCUGAACCAUCCAGAGAAGUGCAAUGGCGACGUCUACCUGCUGGUGGUUGUCAAGUCCAUCAUCACACAGCAUGACCGCCGCGAAGCCAUCCGCCAGACCUGGGGCCGCGAGCAGGAGUCAGCGGGUAGGGGCCGCGGCGCCGUGCGCACCCUCUUCCUGCUGGGCACAGCCUCCAAGCAGGAGGAGCGGGCCCACUACCAGCAGCUGCUGGCCUACGAGGACCGCAUCUACGGUGACAUCCUGCAGUGGGACUUUCUCGACAGCUUCUUCAACCUGACCCUCAAGGAGAUCCACUUCCUCAAGUGGCUUGACAUCUACUGCCCCAAUGUCCGCUUCAUCUUCAAGGGCGACGACGACGUCUUUGUCCACCCCACCAACCUGCUGGAAUUUCUGGCUGACCGGCGGCCACAGGAAGACCUGUUCGUGGGCGACGUCCUGCAGCACGCUCGGCCCAUCCGCAGGAAGGAUAACAAAUACUACAUCCCCGGGGUCCUGUACAGCCAGGCCAGCUACCCGCCAUACGCAGGCGGAGGGGGCUUCCUAAUGGCUGGGGGCCUGGCCCGGCGCCUGCACCACGCCUGCGACACCCUGGAGCUGUACCCCAUUGACGACGUCUUCCUGGGCAUGUGCCUGGAGGUGCUGGGUGUGCGGCCCACGGCCCACGAGGGCUUCAAGACUUUCGGCAUCUCAAGGAACCGCAACAGCCGCAUGAACAAAGAGCCCUGCUUCUUCCGCUCCAUGCUUGUCGUGCACAAGCUGCUGCCCACGGAGCUGCUGGCCAUGUGGGGGCUAGUGCAUGGCAACCUCACCUGCUCCCGCAAGCUCCAGGUGCUCUGACCCCGGCCAGGCCGCCAAGAUAGGCUAGAGCUUGUGCCCUUGAGCCCCGCAAACCAUGGGGCUGCCGUGCCAGGGCACAGCACCUAGGUGUGGUAGAGUGCAGGUAGCCAGAGGGGUCCUCCCUAGGGGACCCUCUCCAGAAAGUGGAGCUGAGGCCCGGGAACGUUUGGAUCUGCCCAGACCGGAGAAGGUCCUCUGGGGAGCAAGGCCCCUGGCUGCUGGCCACCUUCCUAACCUGAGUGGGUUGCCUGGCUCCCUCUGACCUGGUGGGAGGCCCUGGUGGCCUCUGAAGGAACCCUGUGCUCAGGUACCUGGGCUAGGCCUGGCCCUGGAUGGGUCUGUGGCUGCCCUCUUGUUUUCACCGAGAAGAUUCUCCUUCUGUGAAAUGCCUGUCUCCCCACGGGCCCGAGGUGCCCCUUCAGGAGAGGCUCGACCCUGUGCAGGCUCACAGGCCCCCCUACACCCCUAGGUCUCCUGGGGACCGAGCCCCAGAAGGUCCUCAGCACACACACCCCCUCCCAGACCUAUCUGGAGUUGGCUGCCCAGUCUCUACCCCCAGGUGGCCUCACUCCUGGCUGCGUCCUGUGACGCCCCGUCUGGAAGCACAACCCGCCGCUCUGACUACCUCAGCGAUCCUCAGAACCUCCUGAUGGGCUGCUGCCCCACCUCACCCCUGACGCAGGGCCAGGGGGCAGCGCUCUGGCCCCGGCGCUCACGGUGCUGCCCAACCAGCCCAGGUCGAGGGCCCUCCUGCAGCCCCGUGGAGGCCUGGCUCCCCAGCCAGAAACCAGCCCGUUUGACCCUGGAAGUGGACAUUCCUCUAUUACUGUGAAGUUUUAUUUAUGAAGAAUUUGGAGGGAGACGGUGCCAGGCCUCGGGAGCUGGUGAUGUUCAUCCCUUCCCUUCCUUCAUUUCAGCAAGACACCACGUGGCCCGGCCACUCCUGCCCCCCCCAGCCCCACCCCUACCCUGGGCACCCCCAUGCCCAUCAUAGCCCCCCUCCAGAACCCUGCCCAACCUGCACGCCUACUUCUCUAGAGCCUGAGCAGACCAGCAUUUGCCCCUGUGAAGGACUGGAGUGGCCUUCAUGGGCCACCCAACUCAGGCUCAGGGGUCCUUGGGGUGGCUGCAGAAGGAUGCCACCUCCUUUAGGAUGGAGUCACCUGGAAAAAGAUUGAAUGAUCAACUCUAUUUUCUCAAUAAAAGGGGACUGGUUUUCUUGUGGUGUC